AUGGCAUCUUUUAUCCAUAAUCGCCUUCUCUGUUUCGUUCUGUCCCUGUUGAUCAUCCUCCCUCUUGCCCUUUCCUCUGUUCCUGAAGAAACAUCGCCCCUGGUUCACCAUGGGGGUCGUCUCCUCACUGGAAACUUGAACAUUGGUAUCUUAUGGUACGGUCCCAUUCCUAAGGCGCAGAAGAAAGCCAUUCUGUCCUUCCUCAGGUCCCUUAACAUCGAUGACGCUGCUGCUGCUGACAAGAAACCUCAAGUCUCAACAUGGUGGCACAUUGUCGAGAGCUAUCAAGCAUUCGCCAAAACUCCAACACCUGGAACCCCCAGGAUCCAAGUGAAGGUUGUGCACGAAGAGGUUGAUCCAAAUUACUCUUAUGGCAAAGUCUUGAUCAAAGAUUUCAUCAAGCCCCUCAUCCCCAAGGCAACUGCUGGAAGAUCAAACACCCUCGCUCUCAUUGUAGCCUCCAACGGUGUCACAGUCCAAGAUAUGUGCGCUGGAUCAUGCGCCCAGCAUGGUCUUAUUGAGGAGCAACCAUAUGUUGCUGUGGGGGACCCAGAAGAGGAGUGCCCUGAGUGUGCAUGGCCAUUCUUGCCGAGCCCAACCAAGCCGACGGGUAUAAUGAAACCACCGAGCGGGAACGUUGGAGCGGAUUCGAUGGUGAUGUUAUUGGCCGGUGGUUUGGCCGGAGCGGUGACCAACCCAUACAUGGAUGGGUUCUACUCAGUUGCACGCGGAGAACAUAUCAUCGAAGUCACAACCAAGUGCUCUGGUAUUUUUGCAACCGGCAAGUUACCCGUGAACCCCGUUAAUGGUGGAGUCUUCAAUACUCAUGGCGAAGAGGAUACCAAGUUCUUGCUCCCUGCUCUGUGGAACCCCAAAACAUCGUCCUGCUGGACUCCUUUGUAG